UCUGACAGAAGUUUACCUGCAAUUGUCCGACCAAGAGUUUACUUUGUCAAGAAGAUCUUUUGGGAAGCAUUUUAAGGAGUUGACAUGGCUCAGGAGAUGGAGAAAUUUUUACUGGAGAAGUUGAGCAAGGGGCUGGAGCGUAAAGUGGGGAAGGGCUCCAAGAUCGCCUACUCGGGUCGCCUUGGAGAGUUGGAGACUCUGAUCGACGGGAAACUGAAAUCGUCCACAGCGGAUGAUAAAUUAAUCAGGGACAAACUUUACUCCCUCAACAAUGUCCUGACCGAGUGCCAGACGGUAUCCAAGAAUCAGAUCUAUGCCAAUAUUCUGAUUGGGAAUAAACUCAAAAGUAUCAAGGACGAAUUGGAGAACACAGGUGGGAGUAAUAGCAUUCCCCAGGGUGACACCGAAGGAAGCUCGUCCGAUGGCAAAAACAGCUUCCUUCACGUUCCGGAUCAGUCCCAACGAGAUAAGCAGGAUUUCAAAGAGUACGAGAACGAAAUUUCGUUGCUGGAAUCUUUAGUCCAGAAAGAAAGUGCUGAGCAAUUCAGGGCGAUUGCUGUGGUGGGGAGUGGCGGGAUUGGUAAAACGGCACUAUGCCGACAGUUUUUCAAGAAGCAAGCAAAGAAAGAGACCCGAAAUCCAGACACGGCAAAAAUGGUGCAGAAACCGCACAAGGAAGAAAAGACCAAGAAACCGCACAAGGGGGAAGAGACCCAGAAGCUGAACAAGGAAGAAUCGACGCAGAAACUGAACAAGGAAGAAAAAGUGAACAAACCCAACGAGGAAGAAGGAACCCAGAAACAGGACAAGGAAGAUUCGACUCAGAAGAUGCUGCCGUCUAGCAAAGAUCUGAAGUAUUGUCCUAGAAUUUGGGUGGACAUGCCGAGGCUGCCUGAUGAGGAUAAAAACCAAAAGGAGGCAGUAAUGAAGAGUAUUCUAAGAAAUCUAGGUGUUGAAGAGGAAACCCUUGAAUCUCCAUCUUCUGCUCCUGAUCUGAAUGGAAUGGUCAGUUUGCUUCAUCAGCAACUUUGGGGGAAGAAGUACCUGAUUAUUUUGGAUAGUGUCCGCGGGAACGAAAAGUGGUACUAUGAUCUGGGUUCCUGCUUGGUCCCCGGCAAAAACUGGGGCGACCGCCUUGCCUAUGGAUUCCCAAAAGGAUACGGAGGCGCGGUCAUCGUCACGAGCAGGAACGAGGAACUGGCUAUGAGAAUGGUUGGCGAGGAGAAUCUGCAUAGGAUGAUGCCAGCUUCAUACGAUGAAGUUUGCUGGUCAGUAUUUCGAGGUUCAGCUCAGGAAGGUCUCAGUCAAUUCGAUUUCCCAAAUGAGGGGCAAUUGAAAGCGGAGGUCUGCCGGAAAUGUGCCGGCAUUCCAUUAGCUGCCAAGGUGAUGGGUCAGAUUGUCAACAAACAACUUCAAGAGGAAUCUGCAAAAGGUGCGAAUCCGCAAUAAGAAUGGUGUGGCUUUCUAAGGUUGUUCAUUCGCACAUCUGUUUGA